AUGGCGACCCGAUUCAUCAGAUCAUUUGUGAAUCGAAAUCCUCGGAACAAUGAGUUGAUGGGCAGACAGCCGCCGAACAAGGGAUAUCAAUUCGAGAAGGACCGCGCCGCACGCAGUUACAUUUACAAGUGAGGAAUGCUUUGAAACAAGCAAGUUACAACUCGUAACAUUUUCAGAGUGGAGUUGAUCGAAGGAAAAUCGCAUCGGGAAGGCCGUCUGGUGCACUACAAAGACGGCGUCGUUCUGAGCGCGUCCACAAGAGAACCGGCGAUCGCCAGUCAGCUCUACAGCAGAGCCGACACUUCUGCUGCGUUGAACGUCGGCCGAGUCCUCGCUCUUCGUUGUCUUCAGUCGGGAAUUCACUUUGCGCAGCCAGGAUCCACGAAAGAAUUGAUUGAAAAGAGUCAGCACGUAAGCUCGGAAACAUUUUUGGGAAUGAUUGUUACAACCCUCGAUAUCUUUCAGCAAAAACACUUCUUCAAAGCGCUCGAAGAAGAAGGGCUGAUCCUCCGCGAACCGGAACACGUGGAACACUCCUACGAAAACGAUCCGUCGUUCACCUGGAAGAGAUACCCUCAGAAACCGACGCGGCAGGAAAAACUCGACGAACUCUAA